AUGCACACCAAACUCAUCCUCCUCCUCUCCACUCUCACUCUCUCUCUCUUCGUCACCGCCGUACCAGCCGAAGUUCCUGCCGCCGAAGUAACCACAGGCAUCAAAUGCUGCAUCUCCGGCUGUACAUCGUGCAAUACUUGGAAGUGCCAGAAUUGUUGGGCUUGGCCAUACUCCGUCUGCUGCGCAACAAUCCUCGCCAAGAAACGCGACGGUGACGGGAAUGAUGUUUUCUUGAACAUGAAAGGGGAGGUUAUCACGAUGGUUGAUAUGCCUGAGCCUGAGUUUGGAGAGAAUGUUGCUGAGGCUUAG